AAACAAUGGACCCAGAAAAAUAACUGAUGGAUUAACCAAUAGAAGAGGAGUCUGAUAUGGAUGAAGAUGAGAAGAGAGAGAAGGGAGAUUGGCAUUAAUAAUUGUAUGAAUGUAUAUUUAGCUAAUUAGAUUGAGUGCAUGUUAGAAAGGAGAUAUAACAGCGGUCUAAAGAUGUUUAGAUAAAAGAGCAAAUGUUUUAUAUGAGGAUAAGAAAAAAUGGAAUCCAUUAAUGUGGGCAUCAUGUAGAGGGUACACAGAAAUAGUGCGUGUUUUAUUGUCUCGUUAAGCAGCAGCACCAUAUGUUCCUGAAAUGGCAUUGAUAUUGUAGAACUUUGCAUAGACAAUGCCUGUUUAUUCAAGUCCAUUGAAUCAAUCAUCUCCAAGCAAGUCUACUUAUUUUGGAGGAAGUCCUGGAGGUGUAGCUUAAUCAGCAGUGUUUAAUUUUCCUUAAUAAUUAACUAAGAAAGUUGUCUAAGGAAUUAUUAAUUAAUAAGUUCGUUCGACACCAUUAAUGUGGGCAUGUUUCAAAGGACAUGUACAAGUUGUAUGGUUAUUAUUAAAGGCAGGAUUGAGUUGGGAGGUAUAACAAAAUUAGAGUUUUUAAUAUAGGAUGUGGAUCAAUUUGGGAAUAACAGUGUUCAUUUGGCAGCAUCAGGAGGGAAUUAAGUAGUAUUUUAGACAUUACUAUUUUAUGGAAUAGCAGUAGACAGACCAAAUACAAGGGGACACACUGCAAAAGAUUUGGCAACAAAUGCCUAUAUAUUAUAGUUGAUUAAGUUAUUAGAGGCAAGUGGUUAAUAAACCAAUUAUUUUUGUAUGACUUGUAGAAGGUUUUGGAAGUAGGAGGAAUAUAAAAUGGAUUGGGUAUUUGAGAAUGCUGAAUCAACAGAUAUGGAAAAACCUGAAGGGAGAUGUUUGAAUUGUUGGAACACAAUAAAGAAACAUACUGAAGAAUUAUUAAGCAUAAUUGAUAAAUAAGAUCAUAAAANUAAUGAUAAUUUUUGA